AGACUUUAUAAUUCAGACAAGGUCUCGUUGGAACCAAAAUCCCAAGAAUGUUGUCUUCCAUAGCUGUUCCUGUGAAUAACUUUUCCUUAAUACUUUCAAAACCUAACUCUGUUGUCUUCGAUGGCUCCAGAGUUUUGUAUGGAUCUUUCUCGCUCUCUCGGCUCUUCAAGCCUCCUCCUUACAGGAUCAAAGUAAGAAGCUUUCAGAAAGGAAAUGUCGGAAAUAAUGACUCUGCAGAGCCUCGAGAUAACGGAGAUGAGAUGCUUAGAAACGAAAAAACUGAAAAGAGAGUCCCAUUCAUAGCAAAGUUAGGUAUAGGGUUAGGAUUGGCUUUGAUUGUUACAGUAAUAUGUGUAACCUUGAAAGGGUCUAGUGGUGGUUCACCUCUUGAGGAGGUUAAGAGUUUGGCCAAAGCUUCAUCAUCAUCUUUAGAAGGCUUUACGUUUAAUGUCUUUGGGAAUAAGUUCAUGAUACCAGGAAAUGCACCGGGAUGGGUUUACUUUUGGUUGCUAAUGGCAGCCGGGUUCGGGCUUUUUGUUAGCGAAGAGGCGCUAAAUAUAUGGGUUGGUAUAACGUUGGCUCGGAUGUUAACUUUGGAUGGGACGUGGCAAUCGUUUGUUGAGUCUUUCUCUCGGAAUGCUCCUUAUAUAUUAUCUACUGUGUCAUGGGUUUACUGGGGAGUUUGUUUAAGCGAUAUGAUACCGUUCUAUCUAGGGAAGCUCUUUAGACAAAGUGGAGCUUCGGACGAUGUUUGUUCAAAGCUUGGUAUAGGUAAAGAGAAAGCGCUGAGCAUUACUAAGGCUGUCGAAAAGUAUGGCAACCUCUCAGGUUUUGUGGAAAGAUUUUCUUUGGGAAUGAGGAAUCCUACAGCGUUCUUCGCCGGGGCUCUUGGAAUAUCUCCAGAGUGUUUCUUUGCAGGAGUUUGUUGUGGCGGCUUGAUUACUCUUCCACUUCAGCUGGUGAUUGGGUUUCUACUUAGAGAACGGCCUAUGUUUGCUCUUGCAACAGUAGCAACUGCAGUAGGAAUAUGGACGAUCUUCCCUUAUGUGGUGGCUGCAUCCACGGCUUUGUUUUUCUACAUUCGCAGUCGCUACUCGACCAAAGAUUAGCUCUUCUUGUUACUACUCUAUAUUGAUACAAAGAAAGAUGUAAAAUCAUAUAAAAAUAUCAAAUAUAGUACCAAGCCAACCAAAACAUAUGGCCUAUAUUGUGGACUUUAAAGAAUAUACAAACUCACUUGCUCAA